AUGCCUAUCCUUAAGAACCUUCCAGGGAGGACCAGGAAUAACCAUGGGAACAGUGAACUCAUCCUGCCCAGGUUAAACUUGGACCUGAGUCCCUUCGAGGAGGUGGACCUGGAGGAGGAGAGGAAUGAGGGCGACCCCCCCAUUUUGGGGGGCCGGGGAGCAAAACCCCUCCAGUGCAGGUUGUCGCGUGAUGGGGAAGAGGAGGAGAAUGAGGUGAACAUGGAGAGGCACGGCCCCGGGGCCCCUAAAGGAGGAGGAGGAAGGCCCCUGAGGGGGACUCUGGAGCGGUUAUGCGGCUCUUCGCCCCUGAAGACCCUGGGGAAGCUGGGGAAGGGGCUGCGUAUGUCGGGGUGCAGCGUGUGGGGGACCAGCCCGUCCCUGCGAAGUCCCACGGACCCCCACUCGCCCCCGCCAGAGAAAGAGAAGAGGAAGGGCCUCCGCAGGAGCUCAGAGGAUAUCAUGACCCUGCUCCGGUAAGGGGGAGGAGGCAUGCUGAUCUAAGAUCAGAUGCCAUUUAGAUCAAAAUGAAAAAGAUAGCAUGGACAGGGAGGACCAUUUCCACUCUGAAACACUUUAUAAAUACGGGCCCAGAGCCACAGAUUAACAUAAAUGUAAUCUCUAUACAGUGAGGGAAAAAAGUAUUUGAUCCCCUGCUGAUUUUGUACGUUUGCCCACUGACAAAGAAAUGAUCAGUCUAUAAUUGUAAUGGUAGGUUUAUUUGAAUAGUGAGAGACAGAAUAACAACAACAAAAAAUCCAGAAAAACACAUGUCAAAAGUGUUAUAAAUUGAUUUGCAUUUUAAUGAGGGAAAUAAGUAUUUGACCCCUCUGCAAAAUAUGACUUAGUACUUGGUGGCAAAACCCUUGUUGGCAAUCACAGAGGUCAGACGUUUCUUGUAGUAGGCCACCAGGUUUGCACACAUCUCAGGAGGGAUUUUGUCCCACUCCUCUUUGCAGAUCUUCUCCAAGUCAUUAAGGUUUCGAGGCUGACGUUUGGCAACUCGAACCUUCAGCUCCCUCCACAGAUUUUCUAUGGGAUUAAGGUCUGGAGACUGGCUAGGCCACUCCAGGACCUUAAUGUGCUUCUUCUUGAGCCACUCCUUUGUUGCCUUGGCCGUGUGUUUUGGGUCAUUGUCAUGCUGGAAUACCCAUCCACGGCCCAUUUUCAAUGCCCUGGCUGAGGGAAGGAGGUUCUCACCCAAGAUUUGACGGUACAUGGCCCCGUCCAUCGUCCCUUUGAUGCGGUGAAGUUGUCCUGUCCCCUUAGCAGAAAAACACCCCCAAAGCAUAAUGUUUCCACCUCCAUGUUUGACGGUGGGGAUGGUGUUCUUGGGGUCAUAGGCAGCAUUCCUCCUCCUCCAAACAGGGCAAGUUGAGUUGAUGCCAAAGAGCUCCAUUUUGGUCUCAUCUGACCACAACACUUUUACCCAGUUCUCCUCUGAAUCAGUCAGAUGUUCAUUGGCAUACUUCAGACGGGCAUGUACAGUGAGCUCCAUAAUUCAUUGGACAGUAACCAUUUUUUUGUUAUUUUAGUUCUGUACUCUAGCACUUUGAGUUUGAAAGGAUAAAAUGACAAUGAGGGUGAGGUGCAGACUGUCAGCUUUAAUUUAAUGGUAUUUUCAUACAUAUCGGAUGAAUCAUUUAGAAAUGACAGCACCUUUUGUACAUGGUCCCCCAUUUUAAGGUACUACAAGUAUUUGUUAAAUUGGCUUCACAGAUGUGUGUCAUUAGGCAGGUGUAUUAAUUUGUGUCGUUAGUGAAUGCAGGAGAGCUGUUGAUGAAUAGUAUUGAUUCUAGACUUUGCUAUUGCCUUUGGAGGUUGUUGUUGGGGUGUGACAACAUGAGGAAGACAGCAGUGUCGAUGCAAAUGAAGCUGGCCGUCAUAAGGCUCAGAAAUGAAAAUCAAUCAAUCAGGAACAUUGCAAAAAUCCUGGCCAUGCCCAAGUCAACAGUUUGGUUCAUCAUUAACAAGAAAAAAACAACCGGUGAACUCAAUUAUGUCAAAAGACCCGGUAGACUGAGGAAGACCACUGUAGUGGAUGACCGGAGAAAACUCUCUAUGGUGAAGAAAACCCCCCUGACAACAGCCCAACAGAUCAAAAACACUCUCCUGGAUGCAGGUGUAGAUGUGUCAAAGUCUACCAUACGUAGAAGACUACACCAGCAGGACUACAGAGGGUACACUACAAGAUGCAAACCACUGAUAAGCCUGAAGAACAGAAAGGCGAGAUUACAGUUUGCUAAAAAGCACCUAAAAGAGCCCCAAGAGUUCUGAAAAAAAGUAUUGUGGACAGAUGUGACAAAGAUUAACAUGUACCAGAGGGAUGGAAAGAGGAAAGUGUGGAGAAAAAAAAGAAAUUCCCAUGAUCCAAAGCAUACCACCUCAUCCGUGGAGGGGGUGUUAUGGCUCGGGCCUGUAUGGCUGCCAGUGGAACAGGCUCACUUGUCUUUAUCGAUGAUGUGACUGCAGACAGAAGUAGAACAAUGAAACAGAAAUAUUUUAUCUGCUCAGAUAAAACCAAAUGCCUCCAAACUCAUUGGACGGCACUUCAUCAUGCAACAAGACAAUGACCCUAAACAUACUGCUAGAGCAACAAAUGGGUUUUUGAUGGCCAAAAAGUGGAAAAUCCUUAACUGGCCGAGUCAAUCACCGGAUCUGAAUCCAAUUGAACAUGCAUUUUACAUGCUGAAGAGGAGACUGAAGGCAAUAAGUCCCCAAAAUAAGCAGGAACUGAAGAUGGCUGCAGUACAGGCCUGGCAGAGCAUCACCAGGGAAGAUACCCAGCGUCUGGUGAUGUCAAUGCAUCGCAGACUUCAAGCAGUCAUUGCAUGCAAAGGAUAUGCGACCAAAUAUUAACAAUGAUUACUUUAUUCUACAUUAUGUUAAACUGUCCAAUGUUUUUUGAUGCCCGAAAAAGGUACAAAAGCUUCUAUAAUUUCUAAACGGUUCAUCCGAUAUGUAUGAAAAUACCCUCAAAUUAAAGCUGACAGUCUACACUCCACCCUCAUUGUCAUUGUAUCCUUUCAAACUCAAAGUGCUAGAGUACAGAACCAAAAUAACAAAAACAUGGUCACUGUCCAAUGAAUUAUGGAGCUCACUGUAUAUGUGCUUUCUUGAGCAGGGGGACCUUGCGGGCGCUGCAGGAUUUCAGUCCUUCACGGCGUAGUGUGUUACCAAUUGUUUUCUUGGUGACUAUGGUCCCAGCUGCCUUGAGAUCAUUGACAAGAUCCUCCCGUGUAGUUCUGGGCUGAUUCCUCACCGUUCUCAUGAUCAUUGCAACUCCACGAGGUGAGAUCUUGCAUGGAGCCCCAGGCCGAGGGAGAUUGACAGUUAUUUUGUGUUUCUUCCAUUUGCGAAUAAUCGCACCAACUGUUUUCACCUUCUCACCAAGCUGCUUGGCGAUGGUCUUGUAGCCCAUUCCAGCCUUGUGUAGGUCUACAAUCUUGUCCCUGACAUCUUUGGAGAGCUCUUUGGUCUUGGCCAUGGUGGAGAGUUUGGAAUCUGAUUGAUUGAUUGCUUCUGUGGACAGGUGUCUUUUUUCACAGGUAACAAGCUGAGAUUAGGAGCACUCCCUUUAAGAGUGUGCUCCUAAUCUCAGCUCGUUACCUGUAUAAAAGACACCUGGGAGCCAGAAAUCUUUCUGAUUGAGAGGGGGUCAAAUACUUAUUUCCCUCAUUAAAAUGCAAAUCAAUUUAUAACAUUUUUUCUGGAUUUUUUUGUUGUUAUUCUGUCUCUCACUGUUCAAAUAAACCUACCAUUAAAAUUAUAGACUGAUCAUUUAUUUGUCAGUGGACAAACGUACAAAAUCAGCAGGGGAUCAAAUACUUUUUUCCCUCACUGUAUGUGCCUAUAGAAAGUCUACACCCCCUUGGACCUUUUUUCACGUUUUGCUGCCUUCAACUGUAAUCAAAAAGGGAUUAAAUUAGAUUUUUUCCCCCUGCAGAUCUACACAACCUAGUCCACAUUUUCAAAGUCAAAGAAAGUUAGACAUUUUUCCAAAUUAUUAUUAUAUAUCUUUUUUUUUACAAAUAUGUCUUGAUUGUCUGCACACCCCAGAGUUAAUAGUUGGUGGAAGCAACUUUUGGCAGCCAUUACAGCUGUGAAUCAUUUGGAACAAGAUUCUACCAACUUUGCACAGCUCUUAGGGCAGCAUAUAUCCAUUGUUUUGCCAAUAUUGCUCAAGCUCAUUUAGUUUGGUUGGGAAUCAUUGAUGAACAGCAAUAUUGAAACCUUGUUUCUGAUUUUCAAGCAAUUUUAAGUCAGGACUGUGACUAAACCACUCAGGAGCACUCAACACCUCUUGGAAAGCUAUUCUAGUGUGUUUUGGCAUAAACAUUUGUGUAAUUGUCUCUCUGAAAAAUAAGACUAUCCCAGGGUUGGGUUUUCAAAAGACUGAGGCGGGUUUUCCUCUAACUUUUUACCUGGGCUUUGCUAUUUAUUUUGAUCCUGACAGACUCCCCAGUCCCUGCCAAUGACAAGCAUACCCAUAAAAAAAACAAAUGUAAUCCAUUUUUAGAUAACAUUUGAAGGUAGCAAAAUGUGAAAAAAGUUCAAGGGGGUGUAGACUUUCUAUAGGCACUAUAUGACUAAGUUAGAAACUAUUUUGUAGAGACCAAAGAGCUUUGAUUGUGUUCCAUUAAUUACUGAUUUGCUUGGCAAUCCAAUCCCACUAAUUUUUAAGAUUUUCCUGUUACCGGGUAGCACUGUGACUCCCUAUGAAGCUGUAACGAAAUGACGGAAAUGCUCACAGCAUAUAGCAUAAUCAUUUCCUAAUUGGUUAUGUAAUGUAAAAAUUCACCAUGAGUUAUGUAUGGAACUGCUUUUUUUGCUAAUGCUAUCUUGUGUACCUAAGCACUGAGUGAAUGGCACUAUUUAUAACCGGGACAUUUUUUUCACUUUAACUGCUGCAGCCAGGGAAAGCCAGCCAUCAAAAAUUCCAAUCUGGAUUGCUUAGAGCAGGAAUGGGCAACUUUGAUGGGGGUGGGGGCCACAAGAAUCUGAACUCAUCAGUUUCUCGCAGGUCUGCGUAGCCACAUCCAUACCUCCUCCCAAAGUUGUUAGCUGACAUGGGCCAAUUGACUGACUAUCAGUGACUGACAUAACGAGAAAAACUGCUGAUGCACAACCAAAUGUCGAAAUUGCACCUUGUGUUGUACUAUUCUAACUCGCAACAGUAAGUUGAGACCCUGACUGAGUUCCUGGGAAAUUGAUCUGAAGGCCUUCAAAAGGGGGGCUGCGGCCCCCAGUUGCCCAUCCCUGGCCGAGAGCUACAAUCACCUCUCAAGCAUUUAAAUAACUGCUUAUUUAUAGCAUAUGAUGUCUAGUCUGGAUAUGGUAGUCACCUGUUAGCAUUGAACCUUACAGUAUUUGAUAACACUUAUGUAUCCCAUCCCCUUUAUUUUUGAGAUGGAACCUUAAUUUCCACAUAAUAUCUCUGACUCUGGGAAUCCACACUUGGCUCUUCUCCCUCUUCAAUGCCAUACUCUGAGGUUGACAGUGUAACGAGACAUAAUAUAGUUCCUAUCCUCUCCUGAUGGUUCUCUUCUGCUUGUAGAUUUGCAGGGCGGCGGAAGCAGACACAGCGUAGAGAAAGCCUGCCCUGCGGGGACCUGGGCGUCGACAGUGAGGCCGAGUCUCGCCGCCGGUCCUCCUUCCUCAGGAUGGUCAGCCUUGGCAAACUGAAGAGGGAGUCCCUGUCGGACCACAACUCCCAGGAGGCCGAGGAGGAGCUGGAGGAGGAAGAGCCAGUGGUCAAACCCAGGGAACCACUCUCAGGUAUACAAGGCACUCCAAAACAAACCAAUCAAGAGGGAAGAUCUGGUAUGUGUUCUGCUCGUCCAGCCAAUCACAGGGCACAUAAUCUGAAACCUCUGAAUCAUGUAAGGGUCAGUGCAGGUUACCUCUGUCCGUGGCAUGUCAGUCAGUGUUUUACGUUUCAGUGUUCACAUUACGAGUCCCACCUCACUUCAGUCUAUUAAGUCGGAACCUUAGGAACUUCCUGGUCAGCUCCUGCAGCACUUCCUCCCCCAAUCCCACGCUGCUCUCUGAUGAGCUGUGAGCAGUCCCCAGAUCCCCUCAGUCAUCGGGUUCAAUCAGCACCAGACUGUGAAAGCAGGAAAUGACCGCACUUCCUCUCACUGCUGAUCCCUUCAGAUAAAACUUCAUCCAGAGCUACUGUUCGCAGAGCUCCGUAGGGAGCAAUGCAGACAAGGGACAGUCAAAGGACAGUGUAGUACAUAGCAUGCCCACAACAAUCCAAAAGGCCAGGUCGAGAGACACUUAAUAUCACACAUACAGUAUCAGCACCCUUCAAUAUGUCAAUGUUGAUAUUUUACACACAAUAUAGCCUGAUGAAAACAUGUACUUUUUCUCCUCACUUACCCUACCCGUUCCUACCCACACGGUAAUACUCUGUACAAACCAAUAGACUAAACAGUAUGAAAGGGAUUCCUCUAUCUCUCCUUCCCUCAGUGCUGGAGAUCCUACAGCUGGUCAAUCAGAGGGACCUCCUCCUGGCCGACACACACAUCCAGGAGUUGGAGCACGAGUGCGAGCUGCUGGCCUUCCUGCCCCACCCCCCCACUCCUCCGUUGACGCCUCCCGGAGUGACCCCUCCCGGGUCCUUCGACAACCCUUCCAGCCCCAAUGCUUCACGGAACGCCAGCAGGCGCAAGGCUAAGGAUGUGGAGCUGCUGUAUGAGGCCCUGCAGAAGGAGAUGUGGGACGUGGUGAGGGAAUCCCUCCGCCAGCCCACGGCCGGGCCCAACCUGGGACUAGUGGUGCUGGUCAUUCAGCAGGAGGAGCAGGCUGACACUGCCCAGGCCCAGAGAGAGGAGACCCAGACCCAGCCCCUAAGGGAGGGCCUCCUGCCCCAUCAUAGCCAACGACCCCGUCAGCUCAAGCUGAAAUGGCGGCAGGCGGUGGCGGAGGCGGCAGACUGGAGCCUGCCCCAGCAGGUGGACACUCAGGCGGGGCAGCUAGCCUCUUACCUGGAGAGGUUAAAGGGACGCAUGGUGGACGACCUGGAUGCAGCACGGAGGAACGUGGUGUCGGUCUACCCGGAGGAGUUCCAGGCCUUCCAGGUGUAUGUACAGAGCUACCACCGGGCGGUGGCCCGACGCCUGAAAAUCAUUACCAGCUCCCAGCUUCAGAUCACUGACGUCUACUCUAUGCUGGACUGGUUCUACAACAUCUACAACAGGUCAGUGUCAACUCAUAACAUAACAACAUUAAAUGUAUACACUCUUAGAAAAGAAGGUACUACCUAGAACCAUAAAGGGUUAUUUAAUUGUCCCCAUAGGAAAACCCUAUGAAAAUGGGUGCGUUCGAGUGGAUCAGUUUUGUCAAGUCGGCAGUGGUUUAAAGGACUUAAGUAAAAAUACUUUCAAGUACUACUUAAGUAGUUUUUUUUGGUAUCUGUACUUUACUAUUUUAAUUUUUGACAACUUUUACUUAUACUUCAUUCCUAAAGAAAAUACUGUACUUUUUACUCCAUACAUUUUCCCUGACACCUAAAAGUACUCGUUACAUUUUGAAUGCUUAGCAGGACAGGAAAAUGGUCCAAUUCACGCACAAUUCAGAGAAACAUCCCUGGUCAUCUACUGCCUCUGAUCUGGUGGACUCACUAAACACAAAUGCUUUGUUUGUAAAUUAUGUCUGAAUGUUUGAGUGUGCCCCUGGCUAUCCGUAAAUAAAAAAAAAAACAAGAAAAUGGUGCCGUCUGGUUUGCUUAAUAUAAGGAAUUUGAAAUGAGUUAUACUUGUACAUUUACUUUUGAUACUUAAGUAAAUUUUAUCAAUUACAUUUACUUUUGAUACUUAAGUAUAUUUAAAACCAAAUACUUUUAGACUUUUACUCAAGUUGUAUUUUACUGGGUGACUUUCACUUUUACUUGAGUCAUUUUCUAUUAACAUAUCUUUACUUUUACUCAAGUAUGACAAUUGGGUACUUUUUCCACCACUGCAAGUCGGUGACCAUCGUUGGUCACUGCCUUUCAACGUGUGUUGCAUUAUGGGGAUAAACAUUUUCAGACUUGUGCCUACAUGUCGACUGCAUGAACUUUACAAAAACCAUGUGAUCAAAGGUUAUGAUGUUUUGACUGCAGUCAAGUGCACGUUUCUGCAGUUUCUCUUCACGAACUUCAUCCUGCAGCCAUCACCUGCAUUGUGGUAGGAUCCAUUGUCAACCAAUCAUUAGGGUGUUUUUGUUUGACUCACGUGAAAGUGACCAAAGACUUGACUGAAACAGGGACCAACUUUACUCUGAUUCCUUUGGUAUACAUUGGAUAUAUACAAAUGAAUGUAAUAUUUAUUUUCGCAUUACGUUUUCAUUAUUUCUAUUCAUAUAUUUAAAAACUCCCACCCCCCACCCUGCAAUCUGAUAGCAUAUGUACAAUCAAUCAUGAGAUAAACAAAAACAAAUGAAUAAAAAUACAUGAAAUAGUAGAAUAAUGAAUGAAUAAUACUGAAUAAUACUUCACAUUACAUACAUCAAAAAUUGUUACAAAUCAUAGUGUGGUGUCAAGACAACGAUGCUGAUAUGCUGUGAUGACAAGAAAUCCGCUGACACUGUCCUUGAUUAUAAUUGUUUAUUACAUCAAAGAUUACAGUAUCAAUUUACAGACUCCUGCAGAAAUCCGGAGAACAACUGACCCAAUCUCUAAUAUGUUAUUCCCCCGUCCAUUGUUCAAAACAUGGUAUUUAUAUCCUAUGUAACAUAAGAUGGGUGGUUUUUGAUAGACCAAUCCCUGGCCUCCACAUAUCUCCAAAUGUCCUCUAUUCCAAGAAGCCUAUGUAGUAAUGCUUUCCAGAUGUUUCAGCAAAGCAGAGUAAAGUUCAUCUAUCACACCAUUUGCAAACGUCAGCAAAAUCAUAGACUUUCAGAUACUACAUAUUUCCCCCCUUCGAGACUAAUUAAGUCUUGAAAACAAAAAUAAUAGGAUUAUGACAAAUAACUAUUUUUGUUCUUGAGUAACUUUAGCAAUAAACCAAAAUGUAUGGAGAGUAAACACAUUUUUAUAUAGACACAUUUUUGUAUGGAGUGUAAAUAAAUUGUUAUGGAGUGUAAAUAAAUUGUUAUGGAAUGUAAAUAAAUUGUUAUGGAGUGUAAAUAAAUUGUUAUGGAGUGUAAGAGCGAAAAACCUGUCUGACAGCUUUCAUUCCAAAUAUCCAUCAAUCAAUCAAGACAGGAAAAUUCUCUCACGGCCCCUCUGCCCCAGGCGACCACCUAAGUACUCCAGAUCAAUUCAUAAAUCUUUAUCAAUGCAUUUUAAGCUAUGAUUCAAUUGAAUACACAUGAAAACCUCAGAAAACAAAAUACAAUCAAAAAUGUCCACAUUCAGGCUGGUCGACCCAUCGGACCCUCCUGUGGAUUCUCUCUGUCCCUGCCUAGACCCAAUAUCCCUAAGCUUCAACGAAAUAAACAAAAACAUCUGAGGUCCCCACAUGCAUCCAACAACAGAAAACAUCAUUCUUCAAUAAUUAAUACAGAAAGAAUAUAACACUGGAAUGUAGUCCACUACACUGCAGCUCCUCCACAGUGUCGACUUUCAAUGCAACGUCGAUGAUGGAAUCUGAACAUUUCCACACCGUCCUUGUUCUACUUCCUCCAGUCCAUUCAUAUUGUCCAUGUUUGAGUAUUUGAAUCCCACUCUACACAUUCCCCAUAUACUUCUGGAAGAAAAGAAAACACCAACCAGUAUCUUUUUCAAAGCAACACAUGCAAAUUAAAACAUCAAUAUCAACAAUAAUAUAAAAAUGAUAUAUAAAAUGAAUCACAUUCCAUUUCCCCCCUUUGAUUCAUAAGAAAAUACUAAAUAUCACAAUAAUAUGAUUAUCCCACAAUCAGAUGUUCAAAAUUUCCUAGAGUUAUUUCAACCCUCGUUUUCAUAACUAAUUUUUUUCUAAUUUUUUUUCUGACUUUUCCCCAAUUUUUUCAAAAACCCUUUCACUGAUUUAUCCACAAAACUCUCUCCCACUAAUUUGAGGAUAUUUGAUCGGGAAGUCCCCACCUGCUUAUGACUUCUUUACACAAGAACCUAGCAACCGACUGAGCAUCUUUUCGCUUAGUUGGACAGGCCUCCAGCCAUCGUGAAAAUCUAUCUACAACCACCAACAUGUAUCUUUUCCCAUUAACUGAUUUUAUCACAUCAACAAAGUCGAUAACCAACUCACGCAUAGGACCUCUCUGUGUAGGAAUGUGACCAGGAAGAACAGUCACACCCCUGCGAACAUUAUUUUUCAGACAGAUUGUGCACCUGCCUAUGACAUAGUCAACCUGUUAAAGCAAAUAUGGUGCCCAAAAACCAUACUCCUUUGUGAUCUUUCUCCUAACCUCCCCCCUUGCAACAUGAGCUAACCCAUGUGCUUCCUGAAUCAUCAGACCUAAUAGGUCUAGAGGUGCUACUAUCAACCCCUCAUGGUUUCUCCAAAGACCACAAAGGAUUGUUACUCUGAUGAUUCUUUUUAUUUUUUUCAAAACACCUGUUUUCGAAAGUCCUUCAAUUUGUGGUUCAAUCCCUUGGAUUGCUUCAUCUUUCAAUGGAUACUGAUUCUUCCAAGGAGGUCUUGCUCCUGGUCGAAGUUCAACUUUCACCGGUUGGGCUGAUUUCACAAGUCCAAUAUCAGUACUGUGUUGAGACCACAAACAUUCUGGAACUUGUUGCAACAUCUCCUCUUUCAUAGGGUCUGAAUCAAUCUUCGCACUGCAAAUAGAUUAAUGUGUCAUCCGUACAGCUUGUGGCUCUCCUUGUCCUUGAGCCGAAAUCAUGAUUUUGAGAAAUCGCUGAUCUUCACUCCUCCAAAUCGCCAAAUUCUCUUUCAUUGGUACGAAAACAGCUUUCUCUGCUUCUGUCAUCAUUUCUCCUAUUUGCUUCUGCUCAUAGCCUUCAGAAACCAACAAGGUCAUAUGUGGCACACUCUUCUCAAUCUCAAAUUCUUUAUCCAGAUAAUCGUCUGUGUUUAUCUUCAUAGCUGCUGCUUGUGGUCCUAAAAUUAUGCAACAUGAGCUGAGUUGAACUUUCUUUGGUUGAUGACUCAACCAUUCCUCUGAGUUCGAUUGGGCAGCAUUCUUGAAAUACUUGAGCGUACAAUGAAAUGGAUAUUCCGGAAGCCUCGCAUCUGGCAUAUUUGCCACAAUGAAUUUCUCCCAUAUCUUAGCCUGCUUCAAAAAAUCUUCACUGAGAUUUCCAAUCCAGAAUACUGAAGAAGAAUCCAUCUCUGUCGUCAUCAACAAUUGGUAAACCUUUUCCUUUGGCACUUCUACCAGACAGCCGUCUGGUGUACAUUUUAUUGUACAGUUCAAUUUACACAAUGCAUCUCUUCCCAACAAUGCGAUAGGUAUAUGUUCCGAUACCAGUAUGGGUAUUGUAAUUUUCUGAUUUUCAUAGCAGAGCUCAUGGUUCCGUAAGAGGAAUCAGCUGUUUCACUCCCUCAAAUCCGAUUGUCCUAAUUAGUUGAUUGGACAUAGGGAGAUGUGUAGCAUCUUCAGGCCGAACACAGGUAAAAGCAGCUCCGCUAUCCGCCAUCACUUCCAAUGGUCGUUUGUUUACUUUCACCUCAAUUGUUGGAUCUUUUUCCGGUCCUGAUGCUACCAGCUGACACCCCCCUUUCGGAUCUUCUGGGCACCUCUAGAAUCCUUGCUCCGGGCCCCUAUAAGGGUUCACCGGUCCUCCAGAUGAUCUUGACUGGCCCCUGUAUCUUCCUCUGAAAUUUCCUCUGGUAUUUCCUCCUGGCCCAUUACACUCACGGGCAAAGUGACCAACCUGUCCACAAUUAUAACACACUUCUGAAGAUUGCUGGAACUAUGGCUUAAAUCUUCCUCCUCUUCCUCUUCCUAAGCCUUCUCGUCCUCUUCCUCUCCAAUUCUGUGUCUGUCCAGAAACUGGCUGUGGAUAUGAAACAACUGGUACUGCUAUUGGUGGCUGGUACAAUUGCGGUUGGAACUGGUUCGGUUGAAGCUGUGGCAGUGAUUGUUGAUUUGGUGCACACUGAUUCUGCAUAACCAAAGCUUGUUUCUUCUCCUUCUUAUUCUCCACCAGUUGUAUUUCAUUGAGUUUUCUGAGAGUUUCUUGGUCCUGUUCUUUCUGGUUGUGUUCCUUUUUCCGGUACAUAUCCACUUGAUGGGCUAUAUGAUCUGUAUAAACACCUUUUGUCAUGCUUCCAAGUCCAACCACCUCUGCCAGUUUGCUCCUUACUGGUGAGGGCAGUCCCAUCUGUAGUUUAGCUCUCAAAAUUGACUGCUCAAUUUGACUCACAUCGGGAUCAUUUCCGGUAAUAUUUCUCCACACUUGAUGAACUCUUGACACAUAGGCUCUCGGAUUUUCUUGUUGUCCUAGUGAGUCAAUCAGAAUGUUGUCAGGAUGCACAUUUGUUGGAAACGUAUCUUUCAGUGCUCUCCACAGCCUAUUUCUACUUGCAGCUAACAAAUCAGGUCAUUCACCGCAGUCCCCAUAUAUCGAUUAAGUCCAGCUCUCUGAAAAAUGUCUUCCAUACCUGGAAUCCCAAGGAGAUUAGCCAAAAGUCUCUUAAUGUCUCCUAUGGCAGACUGUGUUCCCACCGUAAUUUCUUCCAACUUUGAAAUCCAAGGAUAUGCUCCAUCUUGAAGAGUAGGCAGCUUCUCAAGUAUAUCUGACAUAUCAGUAUUCUACAAAGGCUUAUACUCCAGGUUCUGUCCUCGAAUUAUCACUGGCAUCAUCUUCUUACUUGUGCUCCCUUGUCUUGGCCUCAAUGUAUACCUCUUCUCCAAUCCUUGGGAUCCUUUUUUCAGCAGUUUUUUCUUCUGUAUCUUCAGCUUCUUGAGUUGUUCUUCCAGUUCUCUUACUUCUUCUAAAUUAUUUGCCUUAUCCAAGCAUGAUAUGCAUCGAUCUAUAUAUUUUUCUAUUUCUUCUGUGCUAGUCAUUGUAGGAUAAAAUCCUCUUGAAUAUGAAGCACCUUUAAUCUCCAAAUCUUCAUCGCUGUCUCCAUCUUCACUUUCAUCAGAACUCGAAUCUCUUGUAUUCUUCUUCUUCCAACUUCCAUCACCCCUUCUUUCCACUCUGGCCAACCUCUGUCUGAUCACAGGGUCAUAUCCACCCAUGAUUCUCUUCUGAAUCACUCUGAUCAUCAUCAUCAUCAUCUUCAAGUUCCAUCCUCCUGAACCUCACUCCACCCUUAGUUUCCAGACAUCUCGUUUUCUUCUUACUUUUGGAGUUUGGAUUCAUCUUUAUGGUCGUUUCUGCUUGUCCUCUCUCUAUUAUUUGUUCAUCUUCAUCUCUAAUGCAAUAAUCACCCUCCUGAAUGAUCACUGGAAGCUGAGGAUAGACGUCCUUCAACUCUACUUUUUUUAUCAGUUUUUGUCCUUCAUUUUCAAACAGCUUAAGAACACCCAGCUCUCUUUGUCUCUUUUCUUUACGUUGUUCCCCUUUUUCCCCCUUCUUUUGAUCUGCCUUAUAAGUCGACACAAGCACUUUUAUUAUGUUGAUGACGUCUGGUUUAAGAGUCCCUUCCACUGGCCAUGGUUGUUCAAUGUCAGGCCAACGUUUAUUCCAUUUUCCAGAUAACCUUGCAAUACCAUUAACUAGAGGAUUACUAUUUUGUACUACAUCAACAGGAGUAAUUACUUUUGUAGUUUUGAUGUCCUUUUUCCCCAUUGUAACAACUCUUUUAUAUUCCUUUAUUGUGAAUUAUUUUAUUAUUACUAUUUUAAAUAAUACAUUUGUAAACCCCAAAAACUUUUAGCUAUGUUGUUUAUCAAUCCCUCCAAUCUUUUUUUAAAAUUUUAAUUAAUUAAUUAAUUAAUUAAUUAAUCAAUUAAUUAAUUUAUCAAGAUAUAUAUUUUAUUAUAUAUAUAUAUAUAAUAUAUAUAAAUUAAUUUAUUAAAUCUUUUUUAUUUAAUUUUUAUUUUACCAAAUUAUUGAUUAGUGGCAAUCUUACCACAUCCGAUCAGGAAAAGUAAAGGAAACUAGUCAACUUCAGAGCAAUCCAAAAAAGAAAGACCUGUAAUCCAGCAACACUACAGCACCCACAAACCAAUUGCUUAAUAAGCACCCAAUUACCUUAAUUUUACAGAGUAAUGUCAGUGCUGGAUUUCCAACACAACUCUAAUCAAACCAACCCAUGCACAAAAAACUCCAAUGUGCAAUUCUUAAUUACAUCAAUUGAUCAGUCUGUUGCCAAGUCCCUGUUAAAUUGUCACAACAUGAAAUAUGCUAGGUACACACAAUAUCCUGUAUGGGAAAGUAAGUUUGUGAACAGAACAGUACUGGCCUUGAUUGGACUGGAUCCGGAGCAGCACACACUGUCGCGUGACGCACUGGUCAGCACCUCCUCUCUCUCUCUCUCUCUCUGUCUCCUCCUUCUUGUCUCUCACAUGACAGGAGAACAAAGGAAACAGACAACAAUUUAGUAUUUCAUGCAUACCUAUGUUCACAUUCGUGCUAAGAAAUAAGCAAACAGCUGAACUCAGGAAUAUUAUAAAUAGCGCAAUAACAUUUUAUUUUAUUUAUUUAUUUAAUUAUUAUUUUUAAUCUGUCAACAUAUCUCUCAUUUAUAAAUUCAAUAGAUCUCAAUCAAAUAGUUUCAUAGUCAAGCAACAGCCACUUAUCAAACAGAAUACUUUAUCCGUGUGUAUUCAAAGUCUCCUCCCUUUUCACAUCCCUGCAGCACUAAGUCUGCGUGUCACAGCAGCUCAGUGCAGGCAGGGGAGUGGCAUAUUUGCUCUACGUAACUCUAAACUCAUAAAAUCCCAUGCAUGCGCAGCUCAUUCACCAGUGCGAUUUCAAAGCGAGAGGAGUUCUCCCAAGCAGCUCUCUCCAAGCUAAACAACAGAAAGCAGACAGACCAGCUGUCCCUCCGUUAUUUCCAACACAGACAAACAGUAACACUUAACAAAACUCACAAACCAACACAGAACAUAGAACACAAAUCCUACUUCGAAGUUUCUUAUCUUCACUUAUUCUAAUCUGCAGAUAUAUAGUUAUUUUCUUAUCCAUUACAAAUAAUCGUCCUCCCAGGGGCUCAUAAUUUUUUAACAAUUAUUAAACGUUCUCGCUAAUGGAGACUCAUAUAAGGUUUUAAGCUUAACUAACAUAUUUCCUAACAAAAAACUAAAACCCCUGUUGUCAUAGCCUUAGUCGACACACAGCAGAGACCUCCCCAUUUACACACACACAUAGGCUCUCUCACUCACACAAUUCAACAAGAAUGCAUCCGUUCAUACAAUACACUAAGCAUGCUACCGUCGCUCCUUAUUUCUCAUUGUUCCUUCCUAAAUUUCUGCUACCUCGAGUUGCAGAUAUUCAAUGAGAGGUUACUUCGAACACAUACCUCGUCAACUAUAUGUCGAGAGGUAAUGUACAAUUAAAUGUAUCUUCCACAAACUCACAGUUCCCAGAACUGACCCGAAAGUCAACCUAGUGACUCUCCUAGGAUUUAUGGCCCAUCUUAAUGAUCGCCUCGUUUGAGGGCUUCCUUAAAUCAGCGACGUCCUAAAAGUAUACUUUUUCCUUAUUUCCUGGCCUUAUUCUUUCAUGCUAUUCCUGGACACUCCUUUUAAUUUUAUUCAAGCCAAAUAUCUGUGUGCCCAGUGUUAACAAUUCCUAUAGACACUCCCCCCUGUUUGCGUUGUUCCCAACGCAAACAAAUUUAGAAAUUUAGAACGGAUUCUCAUCACACAGCAAAUAACAGCAAAGCGCACACACAAGUCCUUUGACGGUACAUCUCCUCAACGCACACACACAGCACACAAACUGACCAGCGCCCAAAGUUGUGAGAUAGCUCACCGUAUCUGCAUGCCUCUUGAGCGGGAGUCACUUCGUAGCCCAUGAAUGGAAUGCUGAGAAAAGACGCAACACGUCCCAAAUCCUUGUCGCCAUUCUGUGGUGUCAAGACAACAAUGCUGAUAUGCUGUGAUGACAAGAAAUCCGCUGACACUGUCCUUGAUUAUAAUGGUUUAUUACAUCAAAGAUUACAGUAUCAAUUUACAGACUCCUGCAGAAAUCCGGAGAACAACUGACCCAAUCUCUAAUAUGUUAUUCCCCCGUCCUUUGUUCAAAACAUGGUAUUUAUAUCCUAUGUAACAUAAGAUGGCUGGUUUUUGAUAGACCAAUCCCUGGCCUCCACAUAUCUCCAAAUGUCCUCUAUUCCAAGAAGCCUAUGUAGUAAUGCUUUCCAGAUGUUUCAGCAAAGCAGAGUAAAGUUCAUCUAUCACACCAUUUGCAAACGUCAGCAAAAUCAUAGACUUUCAGAUACUACAAUAGAAACACAUUCAUGGAUGUACAGGUCCUUUGGACAAGAGUUCAGAAAUGAAUGUGAUAUUUGAGACCUCUCUCUCACCAAUUGAUUGUACAAUGUACACACAUGAUUUCAGUUUGUGAGUGUGUGAUCUGGGGGUUAUACAUGCUUAUUUUGACAUUAUAAAGAAAAACGUUCAUAAACAAUGGCAACUAUGUUGAUACUGCCAUGUUCAUCUAAGCCUUGCUGUAGGAAAACCACAACAGUGUUCGACAUUUUCGGCUGUCGCAGAUGCACCUCCCCUGACUUCUCUUGUCGACAUCCGUCUACAGUCGGCUACGUUAGCCUUACAACUCAUGCGCCCAUUAACCAUUUUUGGUUCCAGUGGAACCCUUUCACUAAUACAAUGUUAUACAUUCUUAGUAGAACCUGUUUCACCACCAAAGGGUUCUACCUGGAACCAGAAAGGGUUCUCCUAUGGGGACAAACAAUUUUUAUAUAAGAUAAGAACAUCAAGAAGUCCAUGUAAGUGAAUAUUAACAUAGAUUUUUACAGGUAUUCGAUCAGAUCUGAAAUGUGAGACUUGACUGGAUAGUGACACAUAUUUUCUCUUCCUCACUCUCCCUAUCGUAUUUUUAAGAGACGUCCUGGGCACCGUUGGCAUGAAAACCCCGAUUAACUACUCCCCUCUGGAACCCCUACUGCACCAAGACACAGUGGACCAACUGGAACAGGACUGCCUGAACACUGUCAGGGUAAAAUCACACUGCUUUUAAAGUGCAAUUCAACCUCAUAUUCAUUAUCUCCAGCACUAUACUAGUGUCUACAUGUGUGAAAAUGUCGCAUCUCUUUGAUCUGUGGUUAAAAAGAUAAGAAGAAAGGUACUAAAAAAUGCUUCUCUGUUACAUCACAGGGGUAGGAUUAAAAGUAAGAAAAACUGUGAUUUUCAAAACGUGUUUCUAGUCACUUUACCCUGCCUUCAUGUACAUAUCUACCUCAAAUACCUCAUACCCCUGCACAUUGAUCUGGUACUGGUACUCCCUGUAUAUAGCUCCAUUCUUGUGCAUUUUAUUCCUCUUGUGUUACUAUUUUUCUUUUUAUUAUACAUUUUAACUCUGCAUUGUUGGGAAGGGCUCAUAAGCAAGCAUUUCACGGUUAAGUCUACACCCGUUGUAUUCGGCCCAUGUGACAAAUACAAUUUUAUUUCAUUUUAUUUGGAGGACAUUUUCUUGCACCCCAAGUCACCGCAAAUCACAUAGUGUUUGAAAAUCAUUGUUUUUAAAAUGUUUUGACUUUUGAUGAUGUCAUCGGGUAGAACUUUUUUACUUCAUAUAUCUUUCUACAAUACAUAGACAUGCGCCAUUUUCACAUAUGUAGAGACUGGUACUGUGAUGGAGAUAAUGAAAAUUAGGUUGAAAAGUGGUGGAAUUGCCCAUUUAAUACUGAACACUGUCAGGGGAAAUAAUUCCCAUUUACCGAGGUAAUGGUUCUGGCGCUAAUCUAGUAGUAAUGAAACUGCCCAUACUUGUCUCUUGGGUAGGCAAUGGACUUUAUGGUUGUGUGUGUUCUGUUGUUUAUUGCAGGAGAAGGUGUCCACAGAGCUCACUCAGGUUCUGGAUGAGGAGGAGAGACGGUGGGCCCAAACGCUGCAUAUAGAAGAGUACCAGUCCAAUCUGGCCCGCUCUGUCAUCCAGGUCUGUCACAUUAUCACUCAGGUGACCUACAGUAGAUAUGUAGGUCACCAUUGGACAUUGUGGCAAACAACUCUAAGACAUUUGUAAAUCUCCCAUUAAUGUAGGAGUGACCUAUUUCGGAUGGUUGGAUUUUGAAGUUCCUGCUCUGAUCAGUGUCUGUGUGUGGUUGUUACAGAGACUGAAGGUCGACCUGGACAGAUCCACAGCUGUAAGCCAGUUUCUGGGGGCCAGGGUGGCCCGUUGCAAUCUCAAUGGACUGUCUGACUUCCUAUACAGGUGAGGAGAAGAUGUGCUUAUAAAGACAUGGACAAUGAGUUCAAUCAACAACCUCCAUGUGAAUCAAUAUAUGGAUUUAAUUUUAUAAUGUUACUGUGUCCAGUUUCCAGAGAAAGGUGGAGAUGUUCCAUGAGACCCAGGCUGAGUUUGGGGACCGGGGUGAUGGAUACGUUUCCAGGACCAUCGCUCUGGUCAACUGCUGCCCGCCUCUCAGGUAGAUACCAAGACAGAGAAGUAAUCUCCUGUGGCAACUGUGUUAACUGAUGCUCCAUUCAAAUGCUCAUCAGAAACUUGUAUAUUCCAGUUGGUGAAGUGGUAAAUGAAACAAGAGAACGAUCAAGGAGUUAGCGAGUUAAUCCAGUUAGCUAGCUAACAUUGCUCACAAUUUAGUUAGUUUGCUAUCUUGCUAAAGUUGACAAGUUACAUUUUAAUUAUCACAUGCGCCGAGUACAACAAGUGUAGACUUUACCAUGAAAUGCUUACUUACAAGCCCUUUCCCAACAAUGUAGUUAAAAAGUAAGACAAUUAGCAAAUAGAUAAAAAAAAAAAAAUUGUAACACAAGAAAAUAACACAAGAAAAUAACAAUAACAAGGCUAUAUACAUUUUACAUUUUAGAACAUAUACAAGGAGUAACGGUACCGAGUCAGUGUACUGGGGUACGAGGUAGUUGGGGUGAAUGAUUGAGGUAAUAUGUACAUAUAGGUUUGGUUAGGUGAUUGAUUGAAGUACUAUGCACAUGUAGGUAGGGGUGAAAAGCAGAAAGUCUGGGUAGCCAUUUGAUUAACUGUAACUGUAAUUUUUAGGGCCUUCCUCUGACACCGCAUGGUAUAGAGUUCCUGGAUGACAGGGAGCUCGGCCCCAGUGAUGUACUGGGCCAUACGCACUACCCUCUGUAGCGCCUUGCUGUCGGGUGCUGAUUAGUUGCCAUACCAAGUGGUGAAUCAGCCAGUCAAGAUGCUCUCAAUGGUGCAGCUGUAGAACUUUUCGAGGAUCUGAGGGCCAAUGCCAAAUCUCUUCACCCUCCUGAGGGGGAAGAGGCAUUGUCGUGCCCUUUUCACGACUGUGUUGGUGUGUUUGGACCAUGAUAGGUCAUUAUCAGAGGAACUUGACGUGCUCUGCCCUCUGUUUCCUGUAGUCCACGAUCAGCUCAUUUGCCUUGCUGUCGUUGAGGGAGAGGUUGUUGUCCUGGCACCACACUGCCAUGUCUCUUACUUCCUCCCUCUAGGCUGUCUCAUCGUAGUCGGUGAUCAGGCCCACCACCGUCGUGUUGUCGGCGAACUUAAUGAUGGUGUUGGAGUCGUGUGCGGCCACACAGUCGUGGGUGAACAGGGAGUACAGGUGGGGGCUAAUGACAGGAGGACCCUGUGUUGAGGGUCAGUGUGGCAGAUGUUUUUGCCUAACCUUGUCAGAAAGUCCAGUAUCCAAUUGCAGAGGGAGGUGUUUUAUCCCAGGGUCCUUAGUUUAGUGAUGAGCUUGGAGGGCACUAUGUAGUCAAUGAACAGCAUUCUCACAUAGGUGUUAUUUUUGUCCAGGUGGGAAAGGGCAGUGUGGAGUGCAAUAGAGAUUGCAUCACCUGUGGAUCUGUUGGGGCGGUAUGCGAAUUGGAGUGGGUCCAGGGUAUCUGGGAUGAUGGUGUUGAUGUGAGCCAUGACCACACUUUCAAAGCAUUUCAUGGCUACAGAUGUGAGUGUUAUGCGGCGAGUCAUUUAGACAGGUUACCUUGGCGUUCUUGGGCAUGUGGACUAUGGUGGUCUGCUUGAAACAUAUGGGUAUUACAGACUGGGUCAGGGAGAGGUUGAAAGUGUCUGUGAAGACGCUUGCCAGCUGGUCAGCGCAUGCUCUGAGUACGCAUCCUGGUAAUCCGUCUGUCCCUGCAGCCACAUCAGAUGAGGGUCAGAGCCGGUGUAGUAGGAUUCGAUCUUUGUCCUGUAUUGACACUUUGCCAGUUUGAUGGUUUGUCGGAGGCUGUAGGGGGAUUUCUUAUAAGCAUUCGGAUUUGUGUCCUGCUCCUUGAAAGCAGGAGCUCUAGCCUUUAGCUCAGUGCAGAUGUUGCCUGUAAUCCAUGGCUUUUGGUUAAGGUAUGCAUGUAACGUCACUGUGGGGACUAUUGAAGCCGGUGACUGAUGUGGUAAACUCCUCAAUGCCAUCGGAUGAAUCCCGGAACAUAUUCUAAUCUGUGCUAGUGAAACAGUCCUGUAGCUUAGCGUCCGCUUCAUCGGAUCACUUCCAUAUUGAGCACAUCACUGGUACUUCCUGUUUGAGUUUUUGCUUGUAAGCAGGAAUGAAGAGGAUGGCGUUAUGGUCAGAUUUGACAAAUGCAGGGCGAGGGAGAGCUUUGCAUGCGCCUCUGUGUGUUUUUUUGCCUGAGACAUGCUGGUAGAAAUGAGGUAAAACGGAUUUCAGUUUCCCUGCAAGUCCCCAGCCAUUAGGAGCACCGCAUCUGGAUGAGCAUUUUCUUGUUUGCUUCUGGCCCUAUACAGCUCGUUGGGUGAGGUCUUAGUGCCAGAAUCGGUCUGUGGUGGUAAAUAGACAGCUACGGAAAAUAUAGAUGAAAGCUCUCUUGGUAAAUAGUGUGGUAUACAGCUUAUCAUGAGGUAUUCUAACUCAGGCAAGCAGAACCUUGAGACUUCCUUAAUAUUAUUGAUCACGCACCAACUGUUGUUGACAAAGAGACAACAUGGUCAAACGAGGUUAUCCACAUUAUUAAGGUUGUAAAUGGUUCAAUGUUUUUUCCAUGUCAGAAAUACGAGUUUCAGAUCAUUCUGACACUACCUGAACUCACCAACAGUGUUUGCAUUCCACUUUUUGUGUAGAUCCUUUGUACAGCGUUGCAGGCAGUGUGACCCACAGAGCAGUGAGGAGUCCACACAGAGAGCUAACUCCUCCCUGGACAGGAUUGUUAACCAAUCAGUGAGAGUUCUGACGGAAAGACUAUUUGAGCACAUCAGGGUGAGGCAAUGUGCUUUUAAAAUGUAUCUUCCUUUGUUAGGGCGCAAAUAAAUGUUUCCUUACAAUUUAUCGACAUAAAACAUAAAUGUAUCUAAACAGUCCUUCCCCAAUAAACAACUUGCCAAUUCCACACUCAUACAUGACUGAUCAAACACAAACACACAUGCUCUAACGUUAACACAGAUGUGCAUUUUGCAAUAGGAGCAUAAUGUGAGUCAACUUCAUGUGAGUCAAAGCUGUGUAUUUCUGUUCCAGCCGUUCUUUGACAAGCUGGUGAAGAGGAAGUGGCUAAACAACACUGAGGCCUUUGAGGCCAUCGAAGCAAGCGUCAAACAACACUUUAAGAAGUUCAGAAGAAUGGACUGCCCACCUUAUCAGGUAUCCACCAAUGACCACAUACCUAACACAUGAUAACAUGUUGCGAUAAAUAUUUGCCCUUUCUAUCCCAAUAUGUUUAGUUUAUCAACAGUUAUGUUGCGAUUGAGGGACUGAAUGUUUGAGUGGUUGACUGUUUGAUUGACAGAUACUGGUGGAGGAGGUACACAGGCGGGUUCUGGUGGAGUAUGUGCGUGCGAUCAUGCGAGGACGGGUCAUCUGCACAUCAUCGAAGAUGAGGAAGAGGAUGGCGUUCCGACUGCAGGACGAGGCCAAGCAGCUCAAAGGGCUCUUUAAAGACCUGGUCAGUCAUCCCUCUGAUUUACGGUCGUAAUGACCACAAAGAACUAUCUGAACACGAUAAGAUGAUUUAGCUUAACACUCCCAACAACUGUUUUGUAAACCCAAAUAACCCUUUAUGGUCCUAGAUAGUACCUUUUAUUCUAAGAAUGUAGGACUACAAAUCUUGAUGGAUGAUUUUGGUGCAUGAUGUUGGUGUUAAUGUCUAUGGGUAUGUCCACACAGAGCUUUUGUGUCAGAAAAUUAUGGAUUGAGCCUAUCUGUUGAUGGCUGAUGGACAACUGAGAUGAUUGACCUUUGUACUUAUGCAACUUGUCCAUGUCAAUUGUUUUACACAUUUUUAUGAUUACUUAUCUUAUAUAAUAUUUCCACUCUCAGGAGUCAGGAUCCUCUUGGCUGGACAGUGUUCUCGCUCACCUGGCUGAUAUCAUUCUCCUGGAGGACACUCCAUCCAUCCAGAUGGAGGUUGCUGUUCUUGUGAAAGAGUUUCCAGACAUACGGUAAGGGUUUUCAUAAUUUUGGAGAAUACAGUAUAGCGCAAUGUUUUGAAAGUCCAGAGUUGGAAAAUAAUGGUAUACAGUGAACAAAUUUGGCAAGUGUCAUUAAUUGGUUGCCAUUUCCUAUAUACUCUAUGCCACAGUUCCCAGAACCUACAUGCCACGGUGCAGUUUCACAAAGUGCUGUUUUUGACGUGUGGAUAAAGGUAGCCAAAUUUAAUUCCAUGUAUAGACUUUCUUUUGACACAAUGGGUCAAAACAAGGGAAAUAAGCAUGGGAACAUACCAUUAUUAACCCUUUACACUCCUACCUGUAUACUGGUUGAAAAUGGCAAAUUUGGGCACUGAUAAAUGGCUAAAUUGGAACGCAGUGGCUGUAAAGUAACAAGCUAUACAUGACGUCAGAGCUCUGGCUCUGCGCUUAACAACGCUGUAUGAGUUUUGACUGACAGCCGUUCUGAACUUGAUCACCUUGCACAACAAGAAGUUGCCCGCAUCCCUCCCACUAAUUGGGCAACUUUUGCAAAUGUUCUGUUGUCUGAGUGAGGGAAAUGCUGUAAAUUAAGAGGACUCUAUGUAUUUUGAAAGAUGAGAUGUUGAGGAUUAUAAUAAAUACCGCUUUGAUAUCAUACAAGCAAGCCAAACACCCGUGAUUCCAAAUGUGCACUUCAUAUUUCCAUAUCAUAAAAGUAAUGUCAUAUACAGCGUCAACGUUUAUGAUCAUUAUGUUUGAUGUACAGUUACAGGAUGACAUGGCGUCAUACCCUGGUUUGUUCUGAACAGAAUGAGUAGAUAUGUUUGUCUAUUGUGAAGAAAAGUAGCACGGAUCACGCACCAAAAUUAUGUUUCCCUGAAUUGCAUUGUGAAAGCCUAACACUGUAAUAUCGUAUUUUAUAACCUAGCUAGUCAUGUUGGCAAAAGAACAAGCUUUCAAAUGAUGCCCACCUGGCCCAGAUUGCAAUUUAUAAUGGACCGUUCUUGGAUAGCAUAAACAACAACAACAGUAAUUGUGUGAUGGCGGGGAUGCAGGGUUGUGUUCCAAACAAAACAACUACAUUUGUGCUCGCUCUAGUUCCUCAACGGCACAGCUAGGAGAGCAAAAAAAAGCACCUUAUAGUUGAAGACUCUACUUUGAGUCAUAAGUGCAUUGAAAUGACUUAGGAACUUUGCACACUUCGGAGAGGUGUGUGGCCACUUAGAGACACCAGUUAGUCCUCUCACUCAAACCCUUGUAAUUUGUUUUGUCUUAUGUUGCACCUACCCCACAUUUUCCAGGAAUAUUCUUAUCAUAUUACUGAAUGUAUCCAGAGUAUUGUCAGAUAUCGUUAUCAACAAAUGCGACGAAAAGUACAGUAAAUGUAAAAUGCACAUAAAAUCAACAGUGUAAUGUUUGGAUUCAGUCUUGUGUAGGUGAACUGUUGCGUCCUCACCUUUUGUCCUAAUAAUUUUCCCAAACUCUCCAAACUGUUCCCUUUCAAUUGCUACCAUGCUUCAUAUUUCUUCUGUAAGAAACAUUUCAAUUUAGCCCUAUCCAUAUAGGCCAAUUCCCAUGAGUGUAAAGGGUUUAUUCUUGGAGAGGACAAAGGGGCUGUUUUGAGUGACAGAGGCUGGAGGGUCCCACAAGGUCCCAGGCCCCUUGUUGUUUGUGUGUUUCGUGGGGUCAGCUGAUGGCUGGCUAGCUGGCAGCGUAACCAAUGUGUGACGCAUGACCCGUGGCCAGCCAGACGGGAAGCUGCUGCAGAGUACUUCCUGUUCCUGCCACCCUGCGGGACACAGUCUGGUGCCACGCUCUGGAAUCAAAGGAGGGAGCAGGAGCAGGUCAAGACGACCUGGACACAUGUUAACUCACUCAGGCACAAGGAGUCCCUGCAAGCAGCACUCUUUUGUUUUCUUACUCACCGCUUGUAUUUUCAGAGAUCAAAGUCUGCCGUCCACCACUGAGACUCCCCCAUAUGUCCAGUUGGGGUGAAAUAUAAUUACUUUUUUAUCAAUAGAUCAACUGAACAUAAUAAGUCAUGGUCCUUUGCUCUACAACAUGAUUGAAUCAUGAAGCUGCCUGAAACCACCGAAACACACCAACACCGGGCUCUGUCUUCCCUCCCUCUCUUUCCUCUCUCUCUCUCCCUCAUCCUCCCGCAGGAAGAAGCACAUCUCCACCCUGCUAAACGUGCGGGGGAUGAUACGUCAGGCGGAGCGCCAGGAGAUCCUGAACGUGGUCCGAGACUUUGAGAGCAGAGACAGCUCUACCCUACUAUGUAGGGAUCACGCCCUCUUCUCGGACAUCCCUGUCACCUCCGAGGUACACUGCAUCAACCUGGGCCUCAUCCGUGUCACCAUGACCCUCGCCAACUGGUUCUCCGAGGCCCGGCUUCGACGACACCGCAAGAGAAGCCCCAGGAACAGAACCACGCUCCCACCGGAACCCAUGACAGAGGAUAUGGAUGAUGAUUGA